UUCGGGCAGAGAAACUCCGAGUGGUACAAAGGGACGUGCCCAGAGUGGAGAAAUCAUGCUAAUUGUCUGCACCAGAGCUGGAGAACGCCACCCAAAAUGAAGAGAGAAAGAAGAGCCCUGUCCAGAGCCUUCAGUGCCCUGCGCCUCGCUCCUUUUGUCUACCUUCUUCUGAUCCAGACAGAGUCCCUGGAGGGGGUGAACAUCACCAGCCCGGUCCGCCUGAUCCAUGGCACAGUGGGGAAGUCAGCCCUGCUUUCUGUGCAGUACAGCAGCACCAGCAGUGACAAGCCCGUGGUGAAGUGGCAGCUGAAGCGGGACAAGCCAGUGACGGUGGUACAGUCCAUUGGCACAGAGGUCAUUGGCACCCUGCGGCCUGACUAUCGCGACCGCAUCCGCCUCUUUGAAAAUGGUUCCCUGCUUCUGAGCGACCUGCAGCUGGCUGAUGAGGGCACCUAUGAGGUCGAGAUCUCCAUCACAGAUGACACCUUCACGGGGGAGAAGACCAUCAACCUCACUGUAGAUGUGCCCAUUUCGAGACCGCAGGUGUUAGUGGCUUCAACCACUGUACUGGAGCUCAGCGAGGCCUUCACUCUGAACUGCUCGCACGAGAAUGGCACCAAGCCCAGCUACACCUGGCUGAAGGAUGGCAAGCCCCUCCUGAAUGACUCUCGAAUGCUCCUGUCCCCCGACCAAAAGGUGCUCACCAUCACCCGAGUGCUCAUGGAGGAUGACGACCUGUACAGCUGUGUGGUCGAGAACCCCAUCAGCCAGGGCCGCAGUCUUCCCGUCAAGAUCACCGUAUACAGAAGAAGCUCCCUUUACAUAAUCUUGUCCACAGGAGGCAUCUUCCUUCUUGUGACCUUGGUGACAGUCUGUGCCUGCUGGAAACCCUCUAAAAAGAAGAAGAGGAAAUUGGAGAAGCAAAACUCCCUGGAAUAUAUGGACCAGAAUGAUGACCACCUAAAACCUGAAGGUGAGCUCCCAGCCACCCACUCACCCAUCUCAGCAUCACUCAGAUCAGUGGGCUGCUGGGAAAAGGCAGAACUGGGCGACAAGGAAGCCAGCUCUGCAGGGCCCCUUCCUCCACCAACUGCACGAAGACUGCAGAGCAGGGAGAGGUGCAGCCAAGCAGACACCCUCCCACGAAGUGGAGAGCAGGAACGGAAGAGCCCCAUGGCACUCUAUAUCCUGAAGGACAAGGACUCCCCGGAGCCCGAGGAGAGCCCCACGCCCGAGUCCCGAGAUCGGAGCGCCACAGAGCCCGGCCCUCCCGCCUACUCCGUGUCGCCAGCAGUACCCGGCCGCUCGCCGGGGCUGCCAAUCCGCUCGGCCCGCCGCUACCCGCGCUCCCCAGCGCGCUCCCCCGCCACGGGCCGGACGCACACGUCCCCGCCCCGGGCCCCGGGCUCGCCCGGCCGCUCGCGCAGCGCCUCACGCACACUGCGGACUGCGGGCGUGCACCUGAUCCGCGAGCAAGACGAGGCCGGCCCGGUGGAAAUCAGCGCCUGA